GAACUGGGAGAAAUGUUAGAAGGGCUGGUGUUAAAUGACAUCCAUCACUACACUCACGUUCUCACUGUAGUCGACAUCAUCAAAACCCUGAUAAAAAUCAACCCAAACCUGAUUUAUGUUUGCGACCGAGUGAUGGGCGACGAUGGAAAAAUGUAUGGUCCGAAAGAGCCGUUGCCCAUCUACAGAGAUCAUCUCAUCCCAUUGGCACACAUUCUAACACCGAACCAAUUCGAG